AAAAUUUGAUAGCAAAGCACCCAGCUUCUUGAGACCAGUCCGAUUCUGGCUACCGACACACCUGCAGCCUCCUACCGUGUGACGCUUAAUCAGAGCAAAACAAUUGACAGACGGCACCAUAGGCAGGCGCGACGUCUGCUGCGCGUUGGCGACCACACCCACAAACAUAUUCUCCGCGGUGAACAACUUCUUCGCUGAUUCACCACUGGUGAAUCAGCUCAAAGGCAUCAUGACUAGACAAACGAGUACGAUAGAUCCAGGACCGCCAGAUGAAAACCGGAGAGAGAUGAGAGGAGCUCCCGCAGUCAACCUCACCAUGAGCCCGUCGGAGAGCAGCCAGCUGCAGGAGCGGUCAGUAACGCCCCCUCGGGCUCCACAAGACAGUUUCCUGAAGCCGGCCGGCUCCGCUAUGGACAGGAAAGCUUCCAUUGUUGACGAGAAUACUGGAAUCACCCGCACGCAGAUGAAGGAAUUUCGCGAAGCCUUUCGUUUGUUCGACAAAGAUGGUGACGGCACUAUAACGAAGGAGGAGCUAGGUCGGGUGAUGAGGAGCCUGGGGCAGUUCGCCAGGGUCGAAGAGCUGCAGGACAUGCUACAGGAGGUGGACAGCGAUGGUGACGGCAACGUGAGUUUCGAGGAGUUCGUGAACAUCCUGUCCAAGUCGAUGUCGGGCGCUGGCGGCGGGACCAGCUCCGCGGAGCAGGAGGAGAGGGAGCUGCGCGACGCGUUCCGGGUGUUCGACAAACACAACCGCGGGUACAUCUGCGCGUCCGACCUGCGCGCCGUGCUGCAGUGUCUCGGCGAGGACCUCAGCGAGGAGGAGAUUGAAGACAUGAUUAAGGAAGUGGACGCGGACGGUGACGGUCGUAUCGACUUUUUGGAAUUCGUGAGAGCACUUGGCGAGCCGGAAGACGCUUGUGAUGAUGAAGACGACGACGACUUGGCUGACGGCUCCGACCUGCUGCUCCAGAGACCAGUCGCCGCUAACUGAAUCA